UUCCCGUCUGUUUCGAUUCGGUAUUGGGAAUAUAUGUGAAUUUUUAUUUCGUGGUUUGACGAUUCGCACGGAUUACUCGAGGAGAGGCCCUGUGUUGGACUUUGACAGAGCGCGGAAUGAUGGCGUACAUACCGAGGUUUGCCCUCACAGCAUUUGCUUGCAUGUUUGUGAUAUGUGCACCGGGUCCAAUCUCCGGGCAAAUUCGUUAUUCUAUUCCCGAGGAAAUGGUGCAAGGGGCAUAUGUUGGGAAUGUCGCUGUGGAUUUGGGCCUGAAUGUACGGGAACUGUCAGCUCGCAAAUUCCGACUGAGCUCUGAUGACGGAAGGCGGUACAUGAAGGUCAGUUUGGACAAUGGAAUCAUGUCUAUUCGUGAAAGAAUCGACCGGGAACGUAUUUGUGGACAGAAUAAUAAAUGCACUGUAUAUUUCGAAACAAUACUGGAAAACCCGUUGGAGGUGUAUCACGGGGAAUUGGAGAUUCUUGAUGUAAAUGACAAUUCCCCCACUUUCUCGCAGAGCAGCAUUGUCUUGCAGAUAUCGGAAGCUAGUGCGCCCGGUGUACGUUUCCGACUCGAGGGCGCGGAUGAUCCCGACAUUGGUACAAAUACCGUGGCCGCUUAUACAAUCAGUUCCAGUGAGCACUUCAGUCUAAAAACACAGAGAGCCGAAGACGGUAUUAUGAUUGCCGAGUUGCUGUGGGAAAUCUUUGGACGAGAGCAGCAAUCAUCAUUUCAACUCUUGCUUACGGCGACUGAUGGUGGAACCCCACAGAGAUCAGCCACUGCUCAGAUUCUCAUUACUGUAUUCGAUAACAAUGAUAAUCCACCUGUGUUCGAUCAUGAUAUUUACAGAGGCAGUGUAAGUGAGAAUGCGCCGCGGGGUACGUUGGUGCUGAAAGUCAAAGCGAAUGAUUUGGACGAAGGACUGAAUUCGGAACUAACAUAUUGUUUUAGUGACAUUUCUUUGAUAAGAGCGCGAAAAUUAUUCAGUUUAGACCCAGUCACUGGGGAGCUUCGAGUCAAAGGGCUUCUCGAUUUUGAACAAGUAAACAGCUAUUCUCUGGAUAUUCGAGCCCAGGACCACGGUUCCCCUGCAAUGACAGGACACUCCAAAGUACUGAUCAAAGUCACUGAUGCGAAUGACAACGCACCUGAGAUAAAUGUACCAUCACCUUGCAACAAAAUCCCGGAAAAUGCGCCACCAGGACGUUUCAUAUGUCUGAUUAAUGUAAUGGAUCGUGAUUCUGGAGCGAACGGUCAAGUACGUUGCGAGUUAAGACAAAAGAACGUCCCAUUUCGACUGCAAAAGGUAUCGAACAACUAUAAAUUAACCACGAGUGAAACGUUGGACCGUGAAGCCAUCGCUGAGUAUAACAUUCUUAUUUCAGUCUGGGACUUGGGGUCGCCGUCACUCUCAUCAAAUACAACCAUCCAGAUUGCAAUUUCGGACGUUAACGAUAACGAACCACAAUUCACAGAGUCAUCCUACAACAUAUAUAUAAUGGAGAACAACGCUCCGGGUGUGUCCGUUUGCACAGUAACUGCAACAGAUCCUGAUCUGGAACAAAAUUCCCAUAUUUCCUACUCCUUUCUCGAUAACCAUAUCCAAAACAUGCCAGUAUCCACUUACCUCACUAUCAAUUCAAUUAACGGUACUAUUCACGCGCUGCGUUCCUUUGAUUAUGAGGAACUAAAAAACUUCCAGAUCCAUGUUCAAGCCCGUGACGCCGGGGUGCCUCCGUUGAGUAGCAGCGCCAUGGUGAAUGUGAUCAUCCUGGAUCAAAAUGACAACGCGCCGGUAAUAGUUUCACCUUCAGCAGCAGUGGAUACCGUACCCCGGUCAGCGGGUGAAGGGUACUUGGUCACCAAGAUAAUGGCAACUGAUGCCGAUUCUGGUCAGAACGCACGGCUCUUUUAUCAGAUAGUGAAAUCUACCGACCCCGGUUUGUACAACGUUGGACAACAUUCCGGAGAAGUCAGAACAGCGCGCAAUAGUUUGCAGUCGGAUAUUGCUUUACAAUCUCUAGUCAUCUUGGUUACGGACAAUGGGCAGCCAAGCCUGUCCAGCACAGUUACAAUGAACAUUAGAGUUUUGGGAAACAGCAGUGAAGGAAUCAGCGAACUCAGUACCUUGGUGAAGACUCCAGAAUAUUUCUCUGAUCCAAACGUUUAUUUAAUCGUCAUUUUCAGUUGCACUUCCGUGAUAUUUCUUCUGAUCAUCAUUCUGUUGAUUGGCAUCAAGUGUAAACAGGACAGAAAUAUUAUCCAAGGGCAUAACUCCACUAGUUAUUGUUACAAUCAUGGGGUUACGCACGGCACGUUUAAUGGAAGAUCAGCUAUGGAGGAAACAUUGUGUUAUCCUGGGACGGGCCGCGUAGUCCGGGGGGUAGAACUGAAUCAAUACUCAAUCUGUCUGUCUCCAGAGUCAGCGAAAAGCGAUUUUCUCUUCCUGAAGCCACGCGACGCUCCCACCUCUCAAGCUCAAAGCUAAAUAACACUGGUACGUAGAUUGAAGAAUCCCAUUUAG